AUGCCGAGUUUCAUCAAUGGGGAUGCCAAUGGGUCCCCGCAAGACACGGGUGAAUUGAGAAGCGCAGUCGUUUUUCGCCUCAAAAGGACUGAUGAGUAUAUUGUGAACUUUUCGAAUACAUCGAAUUUCGCUGUAGAACGAUGGACCGACACUCAGAAUGCGAUCCUAGCAGAAUUGUCAUCUUCUGAUCGGGAAGUGGCUCUAGAGUGUCGAAAUGGAGAAGCCCUUAUACGGCAGAUUGAGGACAAGCGAACGAGCCCAGAAUCCUCGACCACAGUCAAGAGGCAGCAUGGAAAGAUAACCCAACUACCAGAUGCCCUGGAGAAUCUUGUACAUCGUUUCAGAAAGUUGGUUGCACCAUCCAUCGUGGACUUUGAGAUGGUCUGGGGGAUCAUUUAUGUCAAUCUCAAGCUGUCUUACAUAUCCGAAGAACAUCUCAGGAAAACAGCCGACCUGCUGGGAAAGAUGAGAAGAACGGUAGAGCUGUUCAACAGAAGUCUUGAUGCAUGUUAUCAUCCCAACGAAGUCAACGAGUCUAGAAUUGCCGUGGUGGACUAUCUUGACUUACUAGCUACAAUUCUGAUCGACCUUAAUAAGCAUCUGAAUCGAUGUGUGUCUGAACCGUCAUCGAGCUCGUCCUGGUUGUCUUUUACCGAUAGCAUGGUGAGCCAGUUUGGCGAUUUAGAUCAGGCGGUCAAGCAUGUCAAUGAUAUUUCAACAUAUUCUCAGGUCAACCGGCAGGACCAAGUCAAGAAUUUGGCUCUAAGGCAUGAACUGAAACCCGAGAGUGAAGAGCAAGCGAAUUUUCCAAAUUCCAUUCUGGAAAGAAAAAACACGGAAUUCUAUGGAAGACGUGAGGAGAUAGAUCUGAUCAAAGUGCAUUUGAACCCUGAGGAUGGCAUGGAACGAUUGAGAACAUACAUGAUAUAUGGAAGGCGAGGAGUUGGCAAGACAGCCAUCGCUCUUCAGUUUGCCCAUGAGAAUCUCAGCCCGCGUGGAGUGUUUGACGCAAUAUUCUGGAUCCAGUGCGAGACGAGUGUUUCCAUUCGACAAAGCUUCACGGAAGUGGCCGUAUCUCUGAAUCUUCCUGGUGCCGAUCGUGAUAGACAUCACGAAGAGAAUCUGGACGCAGUGCAUAAGUGGCUGAAACGAACAAAGAAAAAAUGGCUCCUGAUUUUUGACAACGCUGAGAAUGAGAUAACGCUUCGCGGUUAUAUGCCUGUGGGCGUGAAUGGUUCAAUUCUGAUGACUUCUCGAAAAUGGUACAACUACACGAAGGACGUUAGCCGACACGGAGAAACAGUCAAACCCUUCGAUCCAGAUCCGAGUUGGGAGUUAUUACUGGGGUUUCUUGGGGAUGAUUGGAAGCAGAAAGUUGAAAGCCCUGGGGAGAUGGAAGCAGCCAAAGCAAUGCUCGGAGAAUUGGAAGGACUAGCUCUCGCGAUUGUGCAGACCGCCGUACUGAUCAAAGAUCCCGAAAUUGGUGGUACAACCAUUGUUGAGACUUACGCAAGAUUCAAGGAAACAAAGCAAAAUCUUCCGGAAAGAUAUGCCAGUGAACGCUCAAGUUCUGAAAAGGCAUUGGAUGCUCUCUGGGAUAUCAUCUUCAGAGCACUACAGCCCAACGCUCGGGUACUGCUUGGAGUACUUGCAUGGUUGUCACCAGAUAAAAUCCCAAUCGAUCUCUUCUUACCUAGAGAUCAAUCGGCCUUAGACGGCCCACUAUGGUUUUGUAAACAAGACCCGAAGAAUAUUGAUGAUCUCAACAGAGCAUCUCUUUUCAGUCUCAUUACAACGUCUCCUGCGUUUGACGAUGCCAUCGAAGACCUCUUGAGAAAGAGGCUGAUCAGUCGAGAAGGACGCUUCUUCAAAAUACAUCGUGUCGUUCAAGAAGCAACCAACUUCCACAGCUUUGAAGACCUUCAAAAGUCUUUCAAUACAGCCUCAAGAUUGGUGUUCCAGCAGUUCCCCGAUCGGGAACCUAAUGAGACAUUAUACAAGCAGUGGAACAUUUGCCGAGAAUACAUUCCCCACGGUAUCCAAUUGCGCAUUGGGUACAGCAAAUACAACCGCAACAGAAUCUUGCAAGUGCCAAGGGAAUUUGAAGAGCUAAUGAGUAACUGUGCUUGGUAUCUCUAUGAACUUGGAGAUUAUACCACAACGUCACUGGUCUGUGGUACAGGUCUUCAAGCUUGUCGAGACAAAGAAUCUAUGGUCUAUGCUGAACUAAGGCUCAUCAACGGCUGUCAGCAUUACGAUCUGAAUGAGCUAGGAGAAUGUCGUAAAUCUUGGGAGGAGUCUCUUCGUGUUCGUGAAAAGCUUCUCGAGAAUAGACCUAAUGAUAUUCGAAUUGCUGCCAUUUACAAUAACAUUGGAAACUUGGAACUUGCAGCGGGAAAUGAAGAAGGUGCAGAAGAGUACUAUGUGAAGGCUAUGAAACUUUGGCAUUUGGGGGGCGAUCAAACCGCACAGCAACUGGCGGUCACCUACCUCUGUCUCGGCAGAUUUUAUAUGCUGCAAGGCGAUUUUCCUGAAGCAAUACGAUACACCAAUCUCUCGGAGACACUAUUUGUGCGGACGGCUGGACCUGAUCUGGCUUUCAUAGCUAAUGUCCACUAUCUCUUUGGUAACAUCCACCUGGCCCAAGGAGAUCUCGACUCAGCCUGGCUCGCUUACGACACAUGUUUGAAGAUUGCCCUGCCAAUUAUGCCACUUCAUCCACUCACUGCUUCGGCCUGGUUUUCUCUCGGGGUCACGCAACGUGCCAAGAAAAACUACUCGCUUGCUUUCUAUUUGUUUGGCAAGGCCAAAAUCAUAUCAGAGCUUCGAAGUCCAACAUCAAUCGACGGGGCAAUUGCCCGAGUCUUGUGGCAUAUGGCUAGAGUCAUUGAGGAAGAUAAGAAAUCAGGCAUGGCGUCUCUAGAGGAGACCCUAGAGGAUGCUAGAGACCUGAGACGACAAGCUGAGAUGGCAAAACAGCGAAUUCGUGCUGCUGGUCAGGGGAGAGAAGUUCUGCCUGCUGAGGAGGAGAAUCCGGACAGGGGAGAAGAAGUCAGCUAUGACUUGUUGCUCCCGCUCUUUUUCAGAUGA